CACCACAUUUGUCGUAAAAAAACAGCGGAAACCAUCGGAAACAUUUUCAAGCUAACCUCUAAUCCAAAAACGCUGCACGUGUUGGGUUAUUGUGUGCGUUUUAAUCAGUGAACGACGCAAGUGCUCCAAAUACCCAACGUGGGUCACUUAUUUUAGUGUGCCAAGACGCUCCCGCGUGUGAAUAAUAAACGCGCAUAUUAAAUUCGUCCAAAAUGACGGAAGUACUUCAACCCGGUGCGGACGUUUUGUCCGAGAAAAAGAAGAAGAAAAACAAGGAUACCGUGUCAUUGGGCGCGUUUCAGAAGCUCGGAGACUUCAAGAUCGAGCCCUCCGAGAGUGUGAAGAAGCUAGAUACAGCGUACUGGCCGUUGUUGCUGAAAAACUUCGAUCGUCUCAACGUGCGAACUAACCAUUACACGCCGCUGCCGUUCGGACACUCGCCUUUGCAGCGCCCGAUCACUGACUACGUCAAGUCUGGCUUCAUAAACGUCGACAAACCAAGCAACCCAAGCUCCCACGAGGUUGUUUCAUGGAUAAAACGUAUUCUGAAAGUAGAAAAGACGGGUCACUCGGGCACGCUCGAUCCCAAGGUGACGGGAUGCCUGAUCGUGUGCGUGGACCGCGCGACGCGGCUGGUGAAGUCGCAGCAGAACGCAGGCAAGGAGUACGUGGCCGUGUUCAAUCUUCACUCCGCUGUGGAGAGCAUCAAAAAAGUGACUCAAGGUUUAGAGAAGCUACGAGGCGCGCUGUUCCAGCGCCCGCCUCUAAUCUCCGCCGUGAAGCGACAACUUCGUGUUCGUUCCGUGUACGACAGUAAACUCCUUGACUUUGAUGCUGAAAGAAACAUUGGAGUGUUCUGGGUCAGCUGCGAGGCCGGCUCUUACAUCAGAACGAUGUGCGUCCAUCUCGGACUCAUGCUGGGAGUCGGGGGACAGAUGAUUGAGCUGAGAAGAGUGCGGUCCGGCAUCCAAGGAGAGGGAGAAGGCAUGGUCACCAUGCAUGAUAUCUUAGACGCACAAUGGGCUUACGAAAACCACAAAGAUGAGACCUAUCUCCGCAGAGUCAUCAAACCUCUCGAAGGUCUCCUAGUAGCACAUAAGAGGAUCUUCGUAAAAGACAGCGCAGUCAACGCUAUCUGUUACGGAGCCAAAGUCCUUCUACCCGGUAUUUUAAGGUACGAAGAUGGGAUAGAAAUUGAUCAGGAAAUCGUUAUUGUAACAACAAAAGGAGAAGCCGUCGCUUUAGCUAUUGCGUUAAUGACCACAUCAACGAUGGCGUCUUGCGACCACGGAGUCGCUGCAAAGCUAAAACGGGUUAUCAUGGAGAGGGACACGUACCCACGCAAAUGGGGCCUCGGUCCGAAGGCGUCUCAGAAGAAACAGCUAAUACAGCAAGGGAAAUUAGAUAAAUUCGGCAAACCUAAUGAAAACACUCCGUCAGAAUGGUUGAACAGUUACAAGGACUAUAAUAAGGGUAAAGCGAAAGAAAACGGAGAACCCGGUACUCAAGACGCAGACGAGGAAGGCAGCAGAAAGCGUACAGCCAGCACCGCCAACGCUGACGACACUAACAACUCAGUUGAAGUGAAAUCCGAGAAAAAGAACAAGAAAAAGAAACGUGACCUAGACGAAACUGUUGAAGGAGAGACAACGGAAGCUGCCGACACCACGAUGGAGGUGGCGGAGGACGGAGAACAGAAACAAAAGAAAAAGAAGAAGAAGAAAGACAAACAAAAAGAGAGGGAAGAGGAAUGAGGAC